AUUGUAGUUCUAUGUUUACUUUGAAGCACGGUCCGACAAAAUGGCUUCAGUACAACGGUCGUUUUUGUUACUGUCAAUUAUUCCCACAAUACUUAUUUUGUGUGCUGAUUUUGCGUGUUGCAACACUGGCAGAAAGACUGGUGAUGGACUGGACACAGACUUCAGUGGAUUCUCUGUCCCUUUUGAGCAUUCCUUUGAAGUUGAUGAUGUGUCCCGGUUCCGUAUGCGUGGAGCUCUGCAGUUAAGGGGUGGGAGGGAGACCAGUGUGUCCCUCUCCCAGAGCCAGCUAUCAGAGGAGGACAGGAACACUCUGAAGGAAGUGGCUGUUGUGGAUGGUCUGUACAAAAUCCGAGUGCCCAGAGUGUCUUUGACAGACAGGCAGACAGAGCGCCAGAUGGAUGGCUACCUGACGGCGUUCGUCAGAGCGUGCUCUUUAGUUGAGUCCCACCUCAGCGAUGUCAUCACCCUCCACACUGAUGUCUCUGGCUACCUCAUCGGUGUUUCCAUAGUGACCAUUCCAGGCGCGUGUCGGGGGACAGAGGUGGAGGACGAAGUUGAUCUGGAAGCCUUUAACACUACGCUGACCAUCAUAGCGCCUACCAAUGCACCCCAGCCGGAGACUGCUCUAUUUAUUGAGCACAUGGACAUAGAACAUGAAAAGAGAGGCAAGCCACAGGAGCAGAAAUCCUUCUUUGCCAAAUAUUGGAUGUACAUUGUUCCCCUCGUUCUCUUCCUGAUGAUGUCAGGAGCUCAGGAUCAGUCCGGGGGUGGAGCAGCUAAUGGAGGAGGCCGAUGAUCGCCAUGCCAACAUGAUUUAUGUGGAGCAGUUUCUUCUACUUGUAAAUAGUUAUGUAGAGAAAUGCACACCAUUCAACACACUGUUACACAUAGACUAAUAUGGACAGAUGAGCUAACCUUGAGAACAUAUGUCAUGAACUUCAUUUUUUAUAUUGAAGUGAUGGGGAAAAUAAAAUAUUUAUUACUACCUGAUAA